UGCUCAGUUCUCUGUUGAAGCUCUCCGCUAUCGGUGGUCGUGAGGUUAUUCAGCAGUAGUUUCCAGAAUCCAGACUACUUGAUCACAUGGAAGGAGGAGAAAGCUUGCUGGACACGAUUUUCGACGAUGAAGGUUUUGAGGAUGCACAAGAUGUUGAGAUGCUUGAUGUUGAAGAGGGUGAGUUAAUUGAACAGGUUUCAAAGACUAAAUUAGGAGAAAGUUCUGAUGUUGGUUGUAAUCAAGUAAAUCAAGAAUCUAACAGGGGGACUUCGAUAAAGAAGAAGAAGCGGAAAAAGAAAAACAAGAGAAAGAAAGGCAGCAGUAAGGACCCAAACGUAACAGAUAUCGACAGGUUCGUUUCUGAUGCAUGCUAUCGUUUAAGAGAAAGGAAAUCCUAUCUUAUGUGGACUGCUGUUGCUUGUCUUGGUGCCUCGGCUUUGAGCGAUCUUGUCAAAGAGGUUGAUGCAAUUCAGGCUUGUGGAGGUCAGAUGACUGUUGACGGCAGACGUUCUCGGAAUGGUGGUGGAAUAUUAUGGAAUAUCAUCAAAUCGCGUGAUCCAAAGGCUUACAAAGAGAUUAUGAGAAAAGGAAAAGAGUUUGAGAAGCAAUUCAAGCAGCAACUUCUCGAUAAGCAAGAACCUAAGCAACAAGCAGGGGCUUCUUCGCAGAACAACACUGUUAAUGCCAAGCUAGCAACACCUAAUCCAUCGGACGGUCCAGAUCUUACAUCUCAUGAUCAAAGCCAUCAUGAAAUCACGACACCUGGACAGAAACGUGCUUCUGUUCAUGAUCGAAUACGAAUGCCAGUAACAUAUGACGAUCUGUUUGGCAACUAAGAGGAUCCAAAAGAUAAAUUAGAUUCACUCGAAUGAAACGCUGCCUUCAUUUUUCAGAACAAUCAGAAGACCAUCUUUUUUAAAAAAAAUACCCUUCUGGUUUUAAUGAUAAAAAAAUCUUCUGAAAUACUCUUUUUGACCUUUUUCUUUCCGAUUUUGUGGGGCUCAGUUGUUUCGAUUCGUGUUUUUGCAUCUCUUGAGAUAAGCAUAUAGUAAUGAUGAGAAAUCGAGAACA